CGCUAGUGAGCUCACGUUGUGCUGUUGAUCACUGUGGUUGCUUCCAGCCAUCAUGGCGGAGCUUCAAGGGCCUGAGCAUGUUCAGCUGCUUCCAGAUGAGGCAGUUGAAGCCCCCGAGCAAGAGGCAAUGAGAGAAGGCGCAUUUUUGUCAGAAGCGAACACCUGCAGCUGUACUGUGAGCGAGGCUUUCGAAGCCGUGGCUUCUUGGACGCUGGCGGUUUUGAUGGCUUUGAUCAUCAUACCUUUGGGACUCCCUGCAGCGAUCAUUGUGAUCACCCUGGCCAGCAUGGGCCAAGUCUACCGAGCCUGUGGUGGUUCUCAGAAGGACUGGUCUCUAUUUGUUGUCGGUGCUGACAAGCCCGCUGAUGUAUCAGAAGAGUGCAACAGAGAGGUUGCUGGGAAAUCGGAAGCGAUACGGGGCAAAGGGGCAUGGUCGAAUUUGGUGUACCACGUGCAGAACAAUCACCCGGUCUUCGGCUUGUUUUGCUGCGCUCGUGGCCAUCCGUUCAGCCCUGUAGAGCGCUUUGGACUUCUCAUUCUGUUGGCCAGCUUCAGCUAUUUCAUGGCAGGAAUCAAGAUGUGCUACUCGAGUGACAGAGAGCUCGGCUGGCUAUUGAAGCGUUAUUCGGUGGCUUGCAUUGCUUUGCCCAGCCUCCUGUUGGAAAGUCUUCUGAAAUACUUCGCACUACUUAAUUACAAGUACAUGCUCAACAAAUAUGACUACUUCAGGAAAACGCGAUUGGAGCGCUGCAACGCUUUCGCGAAGCAGUUUUGCAUCGACCAUUCACUGGGACAGCCAGAGCCCCCAAGAGAGCCUCGAGCAGGAGGCAGACGUGGUUCGUUACAUUCUCUUCUGGAUUGUGAUUGCUGCAAAGCUUGCUGUGAAUUUCUCAAGUUUUGCGAGACAUGUCACAACCAAUGUGAAGAUGGUAAGACUCAAGCCGUGAACUCCAUUUUUGCAUCUCUUUUUGCUGGGAUUGCGCUGACGGGUUCUUGCUUGUUUAUUUUCUUUGGCAUCAGAAUGGAUGUCGAGUCUUCAGAAGAUAUUUGGCGGGCCUUUGGCAUCGGUUCGAUUGCCAACUUCUUCGGAAUCUGGUUCGUUAUUGCCAUUGGAAAGUUCCUGGUGAAGUGGCAGUAUCAACACUGGCAUGGUCGAUGCUUUGUUCUUUGCCAGAUGACCAUCCCUCCAGAACCAGAGCCAUGGACGGAGCUGAGAUACUUUUUCUCCACUGCAGACGUUGAUCAGGAUGGCUUCUUCAGCAAAGCAGAUGCCAAACACAUGGUGAGGCGACACUUGGGAGAGGAUCUCUCGGACGAGGGAUGGCAAAAGCUUCUGGAUGAGUUGGAUGUGGACAAUGACGGGAAGAUCUCCCUCUUGGAGUUUGAAGUGCUUAGGACUGACUUCGCAAACAAGAUGAAUUGGUGGCUUCCAGAGCGACCAGAACGCCCUUACGAAUCUCUACAAAGAUCCAGUUUGAGCUGAGAAAGGUUUGCAAGUGUCUAGUAUUGAAAAAUUAGUUUAAGUACAACUGACCCGUGAAACAUCGUACUGGAAAUACUUUCUGCAUCAUGCCAUGUACAGCUGGAUCAUGUACAGGCCAUCCAGGCACACUGCAGAGAAAA